UCUUGAGUAGUUUAGAGCCAGUCCACGGCAACAUUAGAGGAGAGAAAGCAGAGGAGUGGUGUGGUGUUUCAGUGUGUGUGCGUGUGUGAGUGUGUGACGACAGAGCACAUGUGUGUCCGUGCUGUUGGAGGAGAUGCUGCAGGGCGCGAUGGCUCUCUUGCGUUAGUAUCCGUGCGGACGGGAGAGUUGCAGCCAGUUGUUUUGUGGGACUCGCGGGGAAUGGCAAACUCACCGGUAUCCUUGGAAACAUCCGACUGAAUGACAAUGGCCGAGGCUAUCUGCUGCACUUUGGUGAACUGUAACUGUGACAGCUUCAAGCCUGGGAAGCUGAAGAGGAGGCAGUGUGAAAACUGCAAGCAUGGCUGGGUAGCGCACGCCCUGAGUAAACUGAAGGUCCACCACAUGUACCAGAGCAGCCAGGUGGAGAUUGUGCACUCCAACGUGGUGUUUGAUAUCUGCAGCCUGAUGCUGUACGGCACCCAGGCCAUCCCCAUCCGCCUCAAGAUCCUCCUGGACCGUCUGUUCUCUGUGCUCAAGCAGGAGGAGGUCAUCCAGAUCCUCAACGCACUGGACUGGACCCUGCAGGACUACAUUCGUGGAUACGUCCUCCAGGAUGUAGCCGGUAAGGUCCUGGACCGUUGGGCCAUCAUGACUUUCGAGGAAGAGAUCGCCACACUGCAGCAGUUUUUGCGUUUCGGCGAAACCAAGUCCAUAGUGGAGCUGAUGGCUCUGCAAGACAAGGAGGGCCAGGCUGUGUUGGUUCCUAGCACCCGCACCAACUCUGAUAUCCGCACCUUCAUCGAGCGCAACACGCCUCGCACCGCUGCCAACCUCUCAACAGCCAAAAUCGAUAAACUGAGCAGCAGUAGCAUGCACCACUUUGAGAACUUUGUCAACAGCAUGGCUUUCAUGCUGCCUUUCCAGCUGUUAGGCUCGGUUCCUGCACCGUUCCUGGGCUCACCGGCGGGAGCACCACAGCACCCACAGCACCCACAACACCAGCAGCACCAGCAGCCAUGCCAUGGGUCAAUGGAGCAGCAGAGUCACAGGCGAGACGAUCAAAGCUGUGAUGGUCUAGGGAGGGAUAACCCCCUCACUCUUUCACACCCUCCUGAGAGCAGCCUGCUAGGUUCCAGCUCUGUCUCAUUCACUGCUGAUCUAGAACGAAGUGGAGACAGGAAAAUGGACAUCAUCUCCGCCACAACCAAGAUUGAGGCAGAGGACUUCUCCACAAGUGACAACUACUCGGAAGGACCCUCGACUCCGUGCACGCCCUCCAUGAGCUCGGACAUAACACAGAUGUCGCCUGAGAGCAAGAUGCGCUGCCUGGAAAGGAAUGGGAGCGGCGGCGGAGGGGUCUCAGCAGGCAGCGGGGGCGUAUGCUCUCUGAAGAAAGGCAGAGUGUACUGCAACGCCUGUGAGAAGACAUUUUACGACAAAGGCACGCUGAAAAUCCACUACAAUGCAGUGCAUCUGAAGAUCAAGCACAAGUGUACGAUCGAUGGCUGCAACAUGGUUUUCAGCUCCCUGCGCAGUCGCAAUCGCCAUAGUGCCAACCCAAAUCCACGGCUACACAUGCCUAUGAACCGUAACAACCGGGACAAAGACAUCCGGGGCAGCUUGUCUGGUGAUGAGGGCUCUCCGGGAGAGAAGAGGCCUGAAUAUGGAAUCCCCACCCCCGUCUGCGCUGCAGAAAGCCAUAAGUCAGUGCCCAGCUACAUGGUGAGCCAUGUGGACACUGGCUCUAAACUCCACAGCAGUUUGUUCCCCAACAUGGGCCAGAGUGGCAUCCUCUUCCCCAAUCUGAAAACAGUACAGCCAGUGCUGCCUUUCUACCGCAGCCUGGUAACCCCGGCGGAGCUUGCCAACACCCCGGGGACACUACCCUCCCUUCCUCUAUUAUCCUCCUCUGUACCCAUCAAACCAAUUGCAGCCCCUGAACCCUGCAUGACGGACCCCAUACCAAAGAAAAAGUCUCGGAAGUCAAGCAUGCCAAUAAAGAUAGAGAAGGAGCUGGUGGAGCGAGAUGAGCUGAUGGAUAAGGGAAGCAGCUCCGAGGACGAGGCUCCUUUUCAGGGCCGAGACACAGAGGAGUGUGAAAGACUUCGAGGAGAAAGGCAUAUGUACACAAGACAAGCUGGGGACGAGAGAGAGACGAGAGGAGGUUACAUUGGCGAGGAGAAAGAAAGGGAGGGCCACAAGAACUUGUUGGACAACACUUUGGAUCGUGAAAUGACCGCGAGGGAGGACAAAGAUGAUGGGCCGACGCAAGCCGAAACAGGGGUCUUCUCCUCCACGGCUUCCCCGUUGGAGGACAGACUGAUGGAGAAUCACUGUGACAACAGCUUGCUUUGUCAGCCCCCCAAAGGCAAUGAAGAGAGGGACGAGAGGGAUCAUGCAAGCACUCAGCGUGCAGCUGACAAGAUCGCAAGGCUCGGAUGGGAUGACAGCGAGCACAAGCAGUUAAACGGGGGCCCUCUCCAGCUCGUAGACCGUGAGAGAGAGGGAUCGGUCGGCUGUGUAGAUGACUACGGGGACUUAGGCUUUUCCCAACUCGACCCCAACGGUGACCUUCCACACCACUGUGAGAUCUGCAGUAAGACCUUUAAGAACCCCUACAGUGUUAAAAUGCACUACCAGAAUGUCCACCUGAAGGAGAUGCACAUGUGCACCGUGGACGGCUGCAAUGCUGCCUUCCCCUCCCGCAGGAGCCGAGACAGACACAGUGCAAAUUUGAACCUGCACCACAAGCUGCUGACCAAAGACUCAUUCAGCCCAGCCAACCCCCUGUACUUGCCCUCUUCCCACUGUAUCGACAGAGACCCGGUUACUCUGGACUACUACCAAGACCAGCGGGACAGGGAUCUACCCCAUCGAGACCCCACCAGCCAGACGUCCGUCAUCUUUCGGGGACACAAUCGCAUGGGCCUCGUCUUCCCAAUGAGCAAAAUGUCCACUGCACCAAACAGUGCCGAGGUGUCUCCUUUGGCAGACAUGGAGGCUUCAGGAGGCGGAGGGGAAGCCGAUGGAAACGGGGAGGACGGGGCAGUGUUGGACCUGAGCACCUCCUCUUCCGCCCCACCUCGUGGCGGCGGCAGCGUCCGUUCCUCCUGGGACUCUGACGGUGCCGUUAGCGAGGAAGGGGUCGAGGAGGACGAGGAGCUCCACAUGGAGGACAGUGACGAGAGCUGCGAUGGAAUGGGCGCGGGGAGGCCGGGGCGCGAGGAGCUGGUGCUCGCGGGGGAGAGAACCCUGGGCUGCAUCGGGGGAGGACAAGGCGGGCUUCAGGGAGGUGGGGGCGGGUCUCCGAUAACCUGCCACGUCUGCCAAAAGGUCUACAGCAACAAAGGCACGUUCAGGGCCCAUUACAAAACUGUCCACCUGCGACUGCUUCACAAGUGCAAAGUCCCCGGCUGCGACACAUCCUUCUCCUCUGUGCGGAGCAGGAACCGGCACAGCCAGAACCCAAACCUUCACAGGAACCUAGCCGUUAGCUCCGGCGGGAGCUCCACCAUGGAGCAAGAGUAGGGAUCGGCGCUCAUGUUCCAACAUGACCCUUUGGUUGUAAUUGUCAUUUGUGUUGUUGUCGAUGAGUUUGGGCACCUGCAGAAGGCUCACCAGUUAGCACUUUUUCAAAAUUCCAUACCGUGUAUAUCCUGCUGUGAUAUUUUGGGGGAAAAAGUGAGGAAAAAAAAAUAAAGUACGAUUAGAAGUUAAAUGUCUGUGGCAAAAUAAAACUUUAAGAUGGUUGUGUUCCCUCACCAACGUAUAAAGAAUCACCGGAACAUUGACUAUUUUUCAAUGAUUCCUCUGCAUCGGUUUGCCUUACAUCCCACUUCAAAGAUUCAAAAGAUGUCUUUGUUUGAACUGAGACUGUCCGUGUGUUGUCCAAGUGAGAGUUGAGUAUCAUAGGAGUUGUUUUCUUUCUUGUGUUUUUGUUGUCAGAUGUUCACAUCACACCUGUGAAGCUGUGCAAAAUGUAUUGAUCAAAAACAGUAGUGAAGUAACCUCGACAUAUUUUGUUCAUUUGGACAAUGUUUCUUGAAAAAUAGUCUUUGUUGAAAAGCUGUUGUGUUGUGAGCUUGACCAAUAAGUUAUUGUAUUGUGUUAUAUAUGAUCUGUCUUUACUGUUCCGGUUGUUGCAUACUGCUAAUGUUGACCAAAGAUUUUUCAGUCCACAGGUAUGUAUAGAAACCUUUUCCUAAUGUGUGAGGGGUAUGCAGUAUUAAAUGGGGCCACUCAGUCUUAUUCCGUCUUAUUUGUGAUUAACAGCAGUAUUCAUGGACGGGCUCUGUUGUAAGAUAAGGUCAAAUUCACCAAACUAAAACAUAAAAGAACAGUUUUUGAUUGAUCGCGGUAUAAUUAAAUAUUUUGAGGCGUAUUUUGAUGGUGUUUUUGUAAAAGAAAUCUGCUCAUGGGACUAGACUUGAUUUAGGCAUUGCUCUUGUACUGUUUGUGUGGUUGCUUGCAGUAUCCUGACUGACUGGACAAUAAGCAGGAAGAUAUGCUGUGUCUGGUGGUUAGAAGCAUGUACUGUGAAUGAGUCAAACACUGAUAGAAAAUAACAAUGGUAAUAAUAGAAAAUGAUAAUAAUUGCCCCACAUAAGCACACCGGCAAAAAAGAACUGGUAAACCCAAAUGUUUAUUGAACUGUAUAUUCUGUGAAUAGAGUAAUUUGUUAUCUGAAAGAAACCAAAAAAUAUACUGUAUAAAAAAGACUCAUUUCACCUCUACAAUUACAUGUUUUUCUUUUAAUUUUCCUUUUUUUAAAUCAAUGAACAAGUACGGUGGACCUCAUGCAGGAACCACUCAUAUGAACGGGUGUGUUCUUAAGUGUACCGGUGAUUUAGGAACAUGCCACAUUUACCACACAUUUCCGAGUGGCCUGUGGCAGCCUGUGGCAGGGUUCAUGUACAGUUUGUCACAAAUGGAUUGGCUAUUUUUGUCAUUUGAGCUGUUUUUUAAAAAAUACUGAAAAGAAUUAGAACUACGCUAUUUAUGACACUAUUGUGUUCCCAGUUUCCUGCACUUCCAAUUAAAGGCUAAUGUAAUUUUAUUUAAAUUGACCGUUAUGCCAUUGGACAACACUAUUAAUUUCAACAUGAAUAUCUCAAACUGAAAAAGAACCUUAAGAAAUUGAAACGUAGCGAUACAUAUUUCCUCUGGAAGCAUUCCUUCUUCAUUUCGUUUGACAGUACGAUCCUCACGUGAAAGCUCUGGGAGAUUCCUUAAUUGCGUUAUUGAUGCUGAUAGACUUAUGGACUUUUCCUUUAUGGAUCUCUGAAUGCAGCACUUCAAAACAGGACACAUGUGGCAGGACGUGUUGCCCUAUGUUGUCUUAUUCGGCUGUUAAUUAUGCUGACACGUAAUAUGCAUUAUUGCAGGCUCAUUUACGCACAUUAAAUGUACUCGGUUAUCUGAAGCUAGCAGGGUUUCGUGAAUCCAACAUGGCAAACUAGCAUGAAAGAAGAGAAAGUUAAGAUGAGAAUAUGAAAAUGGUCUUGCAUGAGGUUCGUUAUGUUAUUAUUUCACUACAGUGUAUUGUUUUAGUUUCGCUCUGCAUUCUGCCUUUGUUUUUAUUUGGUAUUUAAAUGCAAUGCAGCAGAUUUCGGAUCCCAUUUGUAUGUUGUUCCGAUUUGUAAAAAAGAAAAAUGGAGUAAAGCUGACAUAUGUUGAUUGGUGUUCAUAUUUCCUUUGAUUUAAUGUUACAAUAUUAAUUUCAAUUAAAUAAAAA